AUGUUUAUUGUGAAUCUUCUCAAGUAUCUUUUGCUAGGUAUAAUCUCAAUACGUACGCUACGCGGUACAUAACGUACGUCAGAGGUACACUGUACACAUCACCGUUAUACCAAUGAGAAGAAGUCUCCUUUUUAACAUUGAGCGAGUUACGGGAGUUUUUCUCUGUUAUAAAACGGUUGUUGUUUUGUGUUUUUGCUGCUUCUGCUUUAUUUACGUUCGUUUCUCCGUUCAUCGAACGGAAUAUAGAAAUCAUCCACUCCGUUCCGUAGUUCGUUCGUACUCCGCCGUGAGUAGGUAGUUGAGUUGAGGCGUUUGAGGGUUGAAAAAGCGUUUUACGUUGUUUUUUUUUUUGUUGUGUUUCUUCUGUGUUCGUAUAUCGUAUUCUGAUUCUGAGUUGUGUGUCGACUGUCGGUACGGUGUCCUCCUGCCUUGCCUGCCUGCUCAGCUCUACUCUGCUGCUGGCUGCUGUUCUUUUGUGUUUAUUCAGAGAUACUCAGAUACUUUCGGGGAAAACACACGGUGUCGUCGACGGCGGCGGCGGGCGCUUUUUUCCACAAUACAAUUACCAAACGAAUAUAGUAGCGACCAGAACGUCGCGGCAUCAACAACGUGCUUUUUCAACAAGCGGUCUUUAUACGCAAACAAAAAAAAAAAACAAAAAUACAAAUAAUAACAAAAAAUUAAAAAACAUUUCAAAAGCAAUUUUAUCCCAAAACAAUAAUAAUCUACAAUUUUACCUAUGAAUAAAAGUUUUAAUAUUUUUCUUUUUUUUCAAUUGUUGCUUAAAUGGGAUUUGUUAUAAUAAUCGAGCGGUUAGUGAAUAUAACAGUGAUUUAAUAAUACACACCUUCCUAUAAUAAUAAUUGUGAAUUAGCAACAAUAACUGUGCCGACUGACGCGCACCUGUCGGAUACUAACAUAAACAAAAUGAAGACACAAAUUAUAACUUCUUUUAUUGUGAAUUAUAUUAUUAAAAAGGAUAUGUCCCUAUAAAAUAAGAUUAUGCAUUCAUUAUUGGAUAAAUUAAAAAGUCUUAUAAUUAAUAUCGAUAAUAUUAGAUUCCUUUUGGAUAAAUCAAUGGAAUCAAUUAAGAAAAAAGACCGUUAAAAGUGAUCCUUUAAGAGCGACAAAUAAACCUUAAAAACCAAAAUUCAACCUGCUGCACUUCCCCCAUUAUACAAAAACAACUCACUCCUCCCCCAACAAAAAAACACACAAAUUUUAUUCAGAGAUUCAUAAUUUUUAAAAGAACAAAAACGCACUUCCCUUACGAUUUUUGAAUCAUCAUCAACAACUUCAUCCAUUUUUAAUUUUUGCUGUUAUACUCGUAUUUAACGGUUAUGCAUCAUACAAGUGUCGUUGUUGUUGGUUGUUUAUAAUUUUUCCAAUACUUCUUCCUCGAUAUAAGGUGGAGUUUGAAAAACCAAAUAAAAAUCAAAUUCAAAAGUGAAUGAAUGAAUUAAUAAAAAAAAAUUGAAAUGAAAGUGAAAAAAAUGUGGGAAUAGAAAUUUCAAAAAAAAAAAAUUAAGUGAAAUUUUAAAUUUAUCACAAGAAAAAUUAAAGAAAGUGAAAAUAUACAAAUUAUAGAAAAAAAAAUUAAGAAAAAUUGAUCAUUCCAAUGUUGUCUUGUUUGGUACCACCCCGUUUUGGACAAGAGGAUAAAAUUAGUAGUAUGCCAUCAUCACCAGCGUUCUCAAUGCAGUUCCCAUCGCUGGCAUCGAGUCUACACCACCAUAGCCAAACGAAGAACGAUGAUAGCAGCCAAGCAUCAUCGGUUGCCACAGCUGCACAGCAGGGUGGUGGUAGUGGAGUUGGUCUUGGUGACUACAUUAUGAAAUGUCCGCAAUGUCAUCAACGAUUGUCCAGCUUUCAGGCCCUGCACGAACACAUAGAAAAUGAACACUCUCACGAACAUAAGUUCGCCUUCGAAAAUCAACCACCAAAUGGAUAUCACAUAGAUCGUGAAAUGGACUUUAGCAGCAGCCGACAUCAGCAGCACCAACAUCAGCCACCAUCACCAUCUUCACACCUAAAACAAAAUAACAAUAACAACAAUUUAACCAAUUGCAACAAUAAUAACAACAAUAACAACAACAACAACAAUAACAACGAUAGUAAUAACAGCAAUAAGAAUAAUAACAAUUCAAAAAUCUAUAGUAUUAGCAACAAUUGUCACUUGUCAUCGCCAUCCUCCUCUAUGUCAUCGUUGUCAUUGAUUCCAACAACUGGUAGUAGUGGCGGUGGCCGCAUAUCGCCGUCCCCAUCGUCGCAUUCACCCCUGGCGGGAGCUAGUGCGCAACGCACCACACCACCCACCGAUCUCAGUUCACAGUAUCAUCAUCAUCAUGCAAUGGCAAUGGCCGCUCUAGCCGCCGUUGGCAUGUCAAAUUCGGCCACAGCCGCUUCGAAUGGUUAUGAUGUGAGUGCGAGUGCAGCUGCCAUGGCCGCAGCGGAGGCGAUAGCCAUGGCUGGUAGUCGGUCAACUACAAGUCCAUUGAAUGGUCUUAAUGGAAUUGGCAAUGGAAGUGUUGGUGGUAGUGGUGGUGGUGGUGGUAAUGGCAAUUGUGGUGCAUCAACAGCAUCAUCAUCGUCGUCAUCAUCGUCGAUGUCGUUGGGAUUAUCAUCGUCGUCGGCGGGUCCUUAUCAGUGUUCUCAGUGUUCGACUGCAUUCCCACAUCGUGAUCUCCUCGAUAAGCACGAACUGUUGCAUUCGCCGAAUGCAUCAGGCGUCAAUCAGGUCAGUAAAAAUAGCUGCAAAAUCUGCCACAAAGCAUUCGCCAAUGUGUAUCGCCUACAACGUCACAUGAUCAGCCACGACGAAUCGGCCCUAUUGCGCAAAUUCAAAUGUACUCAAUGCGAUAAGGCUUUUAAAUUUAAACACCAUCUCAAGGAGCAUGUACGCAUCCAUUCCGGCGAAAAACCAUUCGGUUGUGAUAAUUGCGGUAAACGUUUCUCACAUUCCGGUUCGUUUUCGAGUCAUAUGACAUCGAAGAAAUGCAUCAGCAUGGGCCUCAAAUUGAACAAUAAUCGAGCGAUGUUAAAGAGUUUGGAGAAGAGCGGUAUUUUGGGUGGAAGUCCGAAUGGUAAGCGUCCUGGAGGCGCCCAAGCUCCAAUUGGAACGAAUCCUAUGAAUUAUUUCCCACACGGUUUGGGUGUGGGAGGUGCAUCAGAUGGAGGAGCCGCGGCGGCAAAUGCGGCGAAUUCAGGAAGUAAUUCGUUUUACCAAAUGCUGCCGAAGUAUAGUGAAUAUGGAGCGAUGAAUGCCGCUUUGCUGGCAACAUUCCAGAAUCCGUUUUACAAUAUGGCUGCCCUGAAUCCAAAUAUCCAUCCAUAUAGUAUACAUCGGUUGUUGGAACUAACCGCAGCCGGUAACCAGAGAUUACAGUCGGAUCCGGAGGAUCUGAUCGAAGAAGUGACUGAGGAUGUGACUGAUGAGCCAAAACUUGUGAUGGACUUGGAUGAUUGUGAGAAGGACACCGAGGAGGAUCACACUCGUACUUAUAAUCGCAGUGACGAUGAAGAUGAUGAAGGUGAAGACAGCCGUAAUAGUAAUGACAGUUCGCCAACCAAACAAACCUAUGAGGACUCGAAUGCGGAAGAUGUUAAGAUGCAGAGAGUUGAGAGUCCAAGUCCUGUGCCGGAGGAGCGUCCCCAUUCGCCGGAAAUUAAAGUCGAAGAAGAGGAGGAGGAAGAAGAAGGGGAGGAGGACGAAGAGAAGGCUCCUAAGGAAGAGAUUGAACAGUCUGAACAAUCGGAACAGCCUGAACCACUGAACGAAUUACGCUGCAGUCGUUGUGAUAAACAAUUUAACCACCCAACCGAACUGGUCCAACAUGAGAAAGUUCUGUGUGGCUUGAUCAAGCAAGAGCUUGAGCAACAGCAACAUGAACAACAACAACAUCAAUUACAACAACAGCAACUUCAACAACAACAAGAACUGGAGCAGCAACAACUCCAACAGCAGCAGACACAAAUGCAACAGCAGUUCCAAUCAAAUGAAUCCGAUGCCGGAAAUUCGUCGUACCUUCACUCUGGCAGCGAGGAAGAGCAAGAAGACCGUGAAUCAAAGAACGGCAGUGAAGCUGGAGAGAGAAAGGUUCGUGUGCGUACAGCAAUCACCGAGGAACAGCAAGCGGUACUGAAGCAACACUAUGCAAUAAAUGCCCGACCAAGUCGGGAUGAAUUCCGUGUGAUCGCCCAUCGAUUGUCCCUUGACGCCAGAGUGGUCCAGGUGUGGUUCCAAAAUAACCGAUCUCGUGAAAGGAAGAUGAACAAUGGUUUCAAUGGAAUCACUAAAUGCUACCCACCCAUGAUUUCCGAACCCAUUCAAACCAAUACCCCACCACCAGCUGCUGCCGUGGAUUCAGUAAAAUUCUCCAGUGGAGAAGAUCAACCUCUCGACUUGUCGGUCAAAAAAGAUUCUCCCCAGCAAUCGGCUCACUCGCCUCUCUAUGGAAGUGUUCCCAUGCAGGUGGAUACCAACGAAGCAAUCAAUUUGAGUCAAAAGCUUUCGCCGAGUCUGGCCUUGUACAAACAACCUUUGUACUAUGGCGCCACAAUACCAAGUCAACGUCCUUCAGACAUUCCAGUGCCAUCUCAUCACAUUCGACAAACUCCAUCGCCCAAUGAAGCAAUGCCACCAAUGCCAAGAUAUCCCACAAACACUCAUCCUUAUUUGAUGCCCAAUGGCACUGGACCCCGAUCAAUGGUCCCCAUGGAGUGUCUCUUCCAAAUGGCUCCCGAAUAUGCACGCAGCCAUUUGAUGGGCAACAUGAAAAUGGGUGGAAGCAGUGAUCGUGGAACCAGUUUAAGUCCCGGAUCGGAGAAACGAUCAUGGCGCGAUGACGAAUCGAGAAUCUCACAUGAAGAUGAAUACAUUGCGGCGGCAGCUGCUGCUGCUGCAGCCUCGAAUCUCUUGCCACCGCAACAAAAACGACACAAAAUCGAAACCCACGGACAUGCUGGGGAUCCAGACCUACCGUUUAUAUGUGAUCAGUGUGAUAAGGCCUUUGCCAAACAGAGCUCGCUGGCGAGACAUAAAUAUGAACAUUCUGGUCAACGUCCAUAUAAAUGCGUCGAUUGUCCCAAAGCAUUCAAACAUAAACACCAUCUCACCGAACACAAACGUUUGCACAGCGGUGAAAAACCCUUCCAGUGCUCGAAAUGCCUAAAACGUUUCUCACAUUCCGGCUCCUAUAGCCAGCACAUGAACCACAGGUACUCGUAUUGCAAACCUUACAGGGAAUAGGUAAGCGAGGCGUCCGCCCUGCUGAAUCUUGAUUUUCGAAAACAACAUACGUCACAGCAAAAUCAACAACAUCACCAUCAACAACAGCAGCUCGGCACGUUUUUCAAUAAUAAUCGUCAUCAUCUCCUAAACAACAGCCAAAAUAAUAACAAUGCCAGAAGGAUGGUAGGACCUCAACAAACGGUACCACAACCUCCACCACCGCCACAACCAACGAUUCCACCAUCAUUCUGGCCCAUGAUGCACCACCAACAACAACAGCAACAACAAACGCAUCUAAAUAGCUUACACCCGCUUCAACAAUUGCAAAUGCAACAACAGCAGCAACGUUUACAAGCGGAACACUUCGCUGCGCUUAGCGGUUUCCAUCAUCGCAAAUUCUAAACUGAGUGAGAAUUGAGCAGAAAAAUUUAAUAAAAAAAAUAUUCUAGAAAUAGAACGGAUUGUGAUUAAAAAAUAUACAAAAUUUAUAUUAAAAAGAAAAAGAAUAUAAAAUUAAUUCUAAACUAUUUGCCAGGCUUUUCGAAAGCGUACUUAAGAGAAAAACAAAAAAGAAAUUCAUAAAAAAAAACUUAAUUAUCGAGAAGAAAAUAAAAAUGAGAAGUAUUUUUUUUUUAAACUAUAAAAAUGUGCAGUAAAUAUUUAGCUAUUUAGUAUUUUUUUGAAAUUAUUAUUUUUAAUUUAUUAUUAUUAUCGAAAUAGUUUAUUUCGUUCGUUAUGUUUUAUAAAAAUCAAAAAAGAAAAGAACAAAACCUUUCUCGAAAGAAUUUAACUUUUUUUUUUUUAAAUAAUUUUAAUUUUGUUAUAGUAUUUAGUUUAUUUUUAUUCUUUUGUAAUAUUUUAUUAUUUAACUUUUAACGUUUUUUUAUGUUUUAAAAUCUAAGUUCAACCAACCAAAUGUACUCGUAUCUUCCAGCAUCAUUUGGGUACCUGUCGAAAUACUCAAAUUUUGCGCUUACUAAGUGCCAUAAAAUAUCUAUUUUAUAUAUAUUUUAAUAAUAUAUUUUCGUAUUUAUAUGUUAAUUCAUUUAUUCGAACAAAUAAGUAUCUUUGAAACAAAAAAUAAACCUUCAUUUUAUUCAAUUUGUUUCUUCUUUUUAUUUAUUGACUUUGUUCAUAGCAGCCAUGUUUUAUUUUUAAAUUGGGUUUAAAGUUUUUGUUCUUUUAAUUUAGUUUAAUUUUUAUCAAAAUUUCUUGACAAAGUCAGGCUGGGUCAUUUCGCAAUUAUUAUAUUUUCAUAACAAUACAAUUUGUUCAUUUAUUUUUUGUCUCCAAAUAUCAUUUUUAUAUAUUAAUUAUAAUUUAUUUAAAUUACAAAAAAAAAAAACAUCACAUUUAUUAUCUCCUCUCCCAUCAUCACUUUACUUCUCUCGAAAAUGAAAACAAAACAAAUCAGAAAAAAGCUCAAAAAGGAGCACACACAGAUAUUCUUGGACCACAAGGUGUUAACAUGACAAUACAAUAAAAUUAUUCGCAAAAAAUUUAAACAAAAACAAAAUAUUAAAUUUAAGUAAAUUAAAUAUACUCACAUAUUUAAAAAAAUGAAUAUUUAAAUUUAAAAAUCAAUUUAUUUCUCUCUCAAUAGUAAAAGAAACAAAAAAAUACCAACAUUUAAUAAAAUCUGUUCACAUAAAUUUCAUUAACUUAAAUUUUGUAAAAUUGUUCAUGUAAAAAUGUAUAAAUAUUAAACUUAAAUUAGACAAAAUAAAAAAUAAAAACAAAACUAUUAUAAAUUAAAUUAUUAUUAAUCAGGCAGUGUUGAGAUUAAUUAAUACAAAUAUAACAACAAACCCAAAAGGAUUUGACAGGACUCCAAAGAAAUAGAAGUAUUUUGUAUUUAUAUCUAUAAAAAUAAAUAUAAUGUUUUUUUUACAAAAAUUUAAGCACCAAAAAUACAAUAGUUAAAAAACAAACAAAAGCAGUAUAACCAUUUAAACAAUCUACCAGUAUAAACUUUAAUUUAAAAAAGAUUCAUUUUUGAAAAGCCUUUUUCCACCCACCGGUCCUUAGGAAAAAAUAUUAAUAAAUCCUGUAAACAAAUUAAAAACAAAAUUAGAAACUUA